UUCACACAUCUGUAGCCGAGUGUAUCCAACAGCCUGUUCCUGACCGAGCACCGUCCGGGACGGAGUGGGAUGAGCUAGUUUCGGACUUUUCCACGGUUAUCUACGAAAACGUUUCGGUCUGCUGGUCAACAAUACGGGAUAUAUUGUAACAAAUGAACUCAGGUCUGGCUGUUUUCAGAGAGCUGGGAGACACUCCGUCGUAUGUUAAAGAGUUUGGAUACUGGAGGAAAGUUUAAAUCCCUGCGCUGCCCGGGGGAAAGGUGAGACGGGUGCGACUUUGACUUCCCCGGCUUACUCAUUUGAUGAUAACAACAACAUAUUAGCUAUCGAGCAGCAUUUUACCAGCGUGUGAAGUUGUGUCAUUUCUCUAUCCUGCACUGAACUAGGCGUUUAGCAGCAUGUCAGUCAACGGUGCCGCUGUGUAACCAGUUCUUCCAGCUCUGCGGGGAGUUUCGACUGCUGCUUGACUGACUUCAGGUAAACCGAUCACCAGGUUUGCCGCUUUGCAUCAAAACCCUUGUUCAAACAGUUUCACAAUAAUGGCUGGUUUGAGCAAUGCCCACAUGAAAACCCUGGAGGACCUCACCCUGGACUCUGGCUAUGGGGCGGGGGACUCGUGUAAAUCCCUCAGCCUGUCCUCCUCCAAGUCCAACUCGCAGGCCUUUAUGACGAUCCCUCAUCGGGGAAACUGGUGGUACUACUCCGGCUCUAUGAACAGCAGGAACAACAGCUGGGAUACGGUCAACACGGUCCUCCCCGAAGACCCGGAGGACAUAUUCUCAAAGUGUCCCCGCUUACCUGAGUUGGAAGAGUUCCCCUGGACCGAAGAUGAGGUGGCUAAGAUACUUCGCAAAGUGGCCGGGAGUGGGGGCAUGAAAGGCGGACCCACACCUGUGUUCUCCCCGGAUGCCGUGCGGCGGCUGUCCGCUCUCCUCCGCCGGGCUCUCAUCCGCAUCUCCAGAGAGGCUCAGCGGCUCAGCGUCAUGCACUGCCGCUGCACGCGCUUCGAGGUGCAGAGUGCCAUGAGGCUGGUGCUCAGCUGGGCCCUGGCCGACCACUGCGUCUCUGCUACGGUCAAGGCCAUCUCCAUGUAUAGCAUGAGCGCCGGGGAGCUGCUGAGAAAGGGCAAGUCGGCCCGCUGCGGCCUCUCCUUCUCCGUGGGGCGCUUCUUCCGCUGGAUGGUGGACACACGCAUCUCCGUGCGCAUCCACGAGUACGCAGCAAUAUGCCUGACCGCAUGCAUGGAAGCCCUGGUGGAGGAGAUAGGAGCCCGGGUGCUGAUGGCCGAGAGGGGUCACCCAGGGCCGGAUUCGGGGUCAUCAUGCUACCCGGUGAGCGCAGAGGCCCUGGAGGGGGUGGUGAACAAUGACGCUGAGCUUUGGGGAGUCCUGCAGCACUAUGAGCACCUGAUCUGCGGGAAGAACGCCAAUGGUGUUUUGUCUCUCCCGGCCCAUUUCAGUCCGUACACGGAGAACCAUCAGAUGUCGGCGGACAGCAGGGAGGAUGCCUAUGCCCAGCUGGAGCUGAGGACGCUGGAACAGUCCCUGCUGGCUACCUGUGUGGGCAGCAUUUCUGAACUCAGUGACUUGGUGUCCCGUGCAAUGCACCACAUGCAGCGUCUGAGCUCGGUGCGCCCAGGACAGAGCCCAGCCCGACACGCCCGUCCCCAGCAGCCCGUGUCCUGGUCGCCAGACGCCCUCCACACCCUUUACUACUUCCUGCGCUGCCCACAAAUGGAGUCCAUGGAGAAUCCCAAUUUAGACCCCCCACGCAUGGCACUCAGCAAAGAGAGGCCGUUCCUGCUGCUGCCUCCUCUGAUGGAGUGGAUGAGAGUCGCCAUAGUUCAUGCUGAGCAUCGCAAGAGUCUAUUGGUGGACAGCGAUGAUGUCAGACAGACUGCCAGGCUACUCCUUCCAGGACUGGACUGUGAACCAAGACAGCUGAAACCUGAGUGUUGCUUUAGCUCCUUCAAGCGUCUGGACUCCAAGGCCGCCACGGACAAGUUCCACCUGGACCUGGGUUUUCGGAUGCUCAACUGUGGACGCACAGAUCUCAUUGGCCAAGCUAUCGAUCUGCUGGGGCCUGAUGGGGUCAACAGCAUGGACGACCAGGGCAUGACCCCUAUGAUGUAUGCCUGCGCAGCUGGAGACGAGGCCUUAGUCCAGAUGUUGAUCGAUGCCGGGGCAAACCUUGACGUGGCGGUUCCACCAUGCUCCCCGAAGCACCCCUCUGUGCAUCCUGACAGUCGGCACUGGGCAGCCCUCACCUUCGCUGUGCUGCAUGGACACAUCUCUGUAGUGCAGCUCCUGUUGGAUGCAGGGGCCAACGUGGAAGGGGCCCCAGUCCGCAAUGGACAGGAGAGCACAGCAGACAACCCAUUGCAGCUGGCUUCAGCAGCAGGAAACUACGAGAUGGUGAGUUUGCUCCUGGCACGAGGCGCUGAUCCCUUAUCAAAGACCCAUGAUGGGAAUGCCCUCACGUCGUCGCUCUAUGAAGACAUGAACUGCUUCAGUCAUGCUGCCUCACACGGACACAGGAACGUGCUGAGAAAGCUACUGACUCAGCCCCAGCAAGUCAAAGAGGAUGUCCUGUCUCUGGAGGAGAUCUUAGCUGAGGGGGUGGAGGGCGAGGACUCCGGGAUCUGCCCUUUCCUCCCUCUCUCCCCCCUCCCCACCCCUUCCUCUGGCCCCGGGGCCCUGCCUGAAGGAGGCAUAGCGAGGCUCUGCAAGGCCAGGAUGAAGGCUCUGCAGGAGGCCAGCUACUACAGCGCGGAGCACGGCUACCUGGACGUCACCAUGGAGCUACGAGCUAUGGGUGUACCAUGGAAGCUGCACGUGUGGCUGGAGUCUCUGCGCUGUGCCACGCAGCAGUCCAGGGCGGGGGUCACCCUGUCCCUCCUCAGAGAGUUCACCACCAUCAGAGAAGAGGACUACUGCACAGAGCUAGUCACCCUCGGCCUGCCCCUGAUGUUCCAUAUCUUACGCACCACCAAGAAUGAUGCCAUCAUACAGCAGUUGGGGACUAUUUUUAGUCACUGCUUUGGCCCCGCCCCCCUUCCAGCCAUCCCUGGGAUGAAGGCAACUCUUUCUGCACAGUUGGACCCUCACUUCCUGAAUAACCAGGAGAUGUCAGAUGUGACGUUUGUGGUGGAAGGGAAACCGUUCUACGCACACAAAGUCCUGCUGAUCACAGCUUCAGACAGAUUCAAGUCUCUGCUGGCCUGCUCCGGAGCAGAAGGAAGCGGCAACAAGGCGAUUGAGAUCAGUGACAUCAAGUACAGAAUCUUCCAGAUGAUGAUGUCAUACCUGUACUGUGGAGGAACAGAGUCGCUAAGAACUAAUGUGCCUGACUUGCUGGAGUUGUUGUCAGCUGCUAGUCUGUUCCAGCUGCGCGUGCUUCAAAGACACUGUGAACUCCUGUGCUCUCGGCUCUGCACGCUGGAUAAUGCAGUCAGCAUCUACAGGACAGCCAAGGCCCAUGGUUCAGUGGAGCUGAGCUCAUUCUGUGAAGGUUACUUCUUGCAGCAGAUGCCUGCUCUACUGGAGAGAGAGGGCUUCAGGACCCUGCUGCUGGGACCCCCCUCGGCCCGACAGGGGAACAACUCCAUCUCCACGCUGGCUCACAGCCGGGGAGAGUCGCCUCUGGAGGAGCUGGAGGCGACCCUGGCCCAACGACUACGCUCUCUCUGCGUCACCUCCCGAGUCUGAAGAAAUAAGAAUGUGGCGUUCGAAGCGGAGGUUUCAUUUCAUCAGUGAUACAGGAUCAGCUCUGAAGACAGACUAAAUAGUUUAUUACAGAUUUUAGUAACGCCUGUUCCUAUCACUAAUAACAAGCUGGUUCCACAGUGCUUUGACUUUGGGAUACAGAUCUCUAUGGACAGUUUAGCAUUUUCACAUUUUGUACCAAGCACUCCAUCUUGACAUUUUUUGCAGAGUACAGCAUUAAUGAAGAAGAAAAUUGGACAAUGUGAUGCUUUUUCUCCAAGGCUCGGGAAGCUUCAAUGGAGAAGCAACAGAUGGAUGCAACAAGUGGGAACUCUGAAUAAUAAAACACUGCUGCCCUCUACUGGACAAAACUGGCAAAAAUAGAGUUGCCCUGGAGGAUUGGGAUCACGUUUCCCUCCUGGUUCUGACUGAAGCUGGAAAGUGACAAUAGAUUGAAUCAUGGGAGGCAGCCAUGCUGGACUUUUGGCUUUAUCCCGUUCAAACUAAUAAUGCAGAGUGGGCGGACAGAGGUAGACUCAGUUCCUCUGGUAUUGAUGUGUACUUUGGAUUAACAAAUGUACUUUUUAUGUAACUAUGUUUUUUAUUUUUAAAAAGUAUUGCCGGAGAAUCAAAACACUUACUGAAGAGUGGGAUGGACAUUUUGUAUUUAAGGAGAACAAAAAGAUGUGAGAGUAUUUAACGGGGUGUUCCCUUUUUAUUUUGUUUUUUAAUCCAAGCAAAUUAUUAAUAUUAUUGAUACAAAAAAGGUUUUUGUGUAACUGUUUUUCCAGGUACACUCUUAACAGUAAAUGAAGCUUAUGCAAGCUGAGGUUUAAUGCUUCUAUACAGGUACAGCAGCAGAGUCCAUCGUGGGAUUUGGAAUACAAAACAUAUGUUUGAAUGCUGAGUAUUGUAAUAAACCGAGUAAACAAGC